AUGUCAGAAAUAGUUAGACCUGCUUUUGAAGGCCGUGAGCGCCCACUUCUUUCCUAUGGCAUCGCCUUUCCUGCAGCCAUAGUACGUCAUCUCGACACAUUCCAGGCUUCGCGCGUGUAUGUUAUCUGCUCAGGCUCAUUGUCACGAAAGACCAAUGUAAUGGAUCAACUGGAGACAGCCCUGGGGGAUAAGCUAAUUGGUCAUUGGAUCGGUAUGCGGAGCCACACUUUGUGGUCUGAGGUGCUAGAAAUUGCACAAGAAGUUAGCACUGCGCAUGCUGAUCUACUCUUGACCGUUGGAGCUGGCAGCUUGACUGAUGGUGCUAAGAUCAUUGCAUUGGUACUUGCGAACCAAAUUACCACACCAGAGGGGCUUGAAACUCUUGCAGAAGGCCCCAACAAACAAUUUGAUAUCAAAGCACCAACACUUCCGAUCAUUUCAGUACCAACAUCUCUCUCCGCCGCCGAAUACUCCAACUUUGCCGGCGGCACGGAAGACCGCUCAAAGCGCAAAUACAGCUUCCAGCAUCCAACUCGUGGACCUCAGCUCGUUAUUCUCGACCCGGAGCUAGCUAAAACGACCCCUGAUUCAAUCUGGCUCAGCACCGGUGUUCGUGCUAUUGACCAUUGUAUCGAAACUCUUUGUUCCAUGUCAGGCACGACCGCGGCAUCGGACAAACUGGCUCAGCAUGCACUGGGAUUAUUGGUCCCUGGCCUUUUGCGCUGUAAGAAAGACCGAUCAGACCGUGAUGCGCACCUACAGUGCCAACUUGGAUCAGUGGAUGCUAUGGCAGCCUGUACUAGCGGGUUGAUUGAACUAGGUGCUAGUCAUGGAAUUUCACAUCAACUUGGUCCACUAGGCGUCGGCCACGGCGAGACCAGUUGCAUCUUGCUCCCGGCUGUGUGCAAGUUCAAUGCUAAGUACAACGCCAACCGUGAAAAACAAGCCAGCGUGCGCCAAUUUCUGAUGCAAGGGCCGAUUGUGUUAAACGUGCUACGUGCCCGCUCGGUCAACGUAGAAUCAGCCGACUUAGGAGACAUUUUGGAUGCUAUUAUCCGCGAGCUGGGAAUGCCUCGGUCCUUAGGUGAUGUCAACGUGGGGCGGAGCCAGUUUGAUGCACUGGCAGAGAAUAGCCUACAUGAUCGUUGGUCAGAACUUGCAUAUACAACCAUGUCUCUUGCCAAGAACAUCCUCCUCUUCGGAGCAACAGGCAACAUCGGCUCAUUCAUCCUAGACGCCAUCCUACCCGAGCGCUCCCAAUUCAACCGCAUCGCCAUAUUUACUUCCCCACAGACAGCCGAAACCAAAACUUCCCAGCUGAACAAGCUAAAAGAGCAAGGCGUAGAAGUCAUUCAGAUCCCCCUAAUCCGACUUGCAGCCGCCAGCCCCACUGUGAAAUGGUUCCUGCCCUCCGAGUAUGGCACGGAUAUCAAGUACGGACCUGCUUCCGCGAACGAGAAGCCACACCAGCAGAAGCUGAAGGUGCGUGCGUAUCUUGAGAAUGAGAUCUCGCGCGACGACCUCGCCUAUUCAUAUGUAGUCACUGGUCCUUUUGCGGAGAUGUAUCUUAAUCUCAUGCCUGGGAUGGAGGCGGCUGGUGGGUGGGAUGUUAAAGAGCGAAAGGCUAUUUUGCUGGGCGAGGAAGGGAAGGGAGAUGUUAGUUUGACGACGAUGAAAGAUGUUGGUGUUCUCGUUUUGAAUACUUUACUUCAUGCUACGGCUGAGACGCGCAAUGCUGCCUUGUGUGUUAAUUCGUUUACCACGAGUCCUGACCAGAUCCAGGCGGAAUUUGAGCGCCAGCUUGGUGGUCAGCCGUGGGAUGUGUCUCGUACAUCGUUAGCGAAGUUGCGUGAGGCUGAGGCUGCGGCGUGGGAGGCUGGGAAUCCCGGGGCUACUGUGUUCACUUUGCGUCGGAUCUGGGGUGAAGGUGGGACGCUGUAUGCGAAGCGGGCUAAUGGGCUGAUUGGGGAGCCGAAGAUGAUGGGGCUGGAGGAGGUGGUCGCGAAUGAAAUCCAGAGGGUGUCGAAGUUGUAG